GCCACGGCUGCGCCUGUGGCCGUGGAGGGGGGCAGCGACGCAAGGUGGAUGGAUGCACAGCGCAAGAAGAAAUGGACCAACUUCACCAUCGGCCUCCUCUUCCUGUCUGGAGGGAUCGAGUAUGCGGUGAUCCUGCCAACCAUCUGGGCCUACCUGCAAACGCUCGAUGCUGAGCCGUACUUCCUGGGCCUGGGCAUCUCUGCAUUUAGCUUUGCUGGCUUGAUCACGGGCCCGCUCUUUGGCUAUUGGUCUGAUCGCACCCACCGAACCAAGGGCGUCAUCCUCUUUGCCAACCUGUUUCAGAUCGCAGGGAACUUCAUGUACUUUGUUGGCGGUUCCAAAUGGAUGCUUCUCAGCAGCCGGCUGGUAGCAGGUGUGGGUACCGGAGCAGGCGCGUCCAUCUUCAGCUACCUCACCCGCUCCACCAGCUCCCAGGAACGUGCCACAGUGUUUGCGGCUGUCAUGGCGUGUCGGCAGGUUGGGCUGCUCAUCGGGCCAGCCUGUAAUCUCUUCCUGCGCCUCUGUAACUUCCAGGUGGGGCCCUUCGUGGUCAACAAGUUCACAUCGCCUGGGCUCUUCAUGUCCCUGGUGUGGCUUCUGCUUCAGGUUGUCGUUGUGACGAUGUACUAUGACCUGCCGGCCCCGCCGCUGACCCGCUCCUCCAGGGUGCCGCCAAGCGCGCUGCAGGAUUCUCUGGCACAGGAGGAAGAGGAGGAGCCUCUCAUGCAGCACCAGGCCGGCCAAGAGGAGGCGCCAGAGAGCGGCAGCUAUGGCAGCACCUCCGUGGAGCGCAGGGAACCGUCGGUGGGGGACGAGGGCCGGUACGUGCCCAACGGGCACUUGGCUGACGAGGAGGCCACGCACGAGGGAGGCAAGAGCCCCUUCCACGAUUUCUGCUCCGUGAGAGAGUACCUGAGGGAGGAGGUGGUGGUUCUUCUCACAGCCCAAUUCAUCACACUCUUCAAUCAAACAGCGCUUGAGACCAUGGUGACUCCAAUCACACAGCGAUACUUGAACUUUGGGGAACUGGAGAACAGCAUCAUGUAUUUCCUGUGUGGCGUGGAGGUUAUUGGUGGCUUCUUCCUGGUGCGCUGCCUCAGCACUAUCCUGACGGAUCGUGUCAUCUUGGUCCUUGGCCUGGUCAUCUGCAAUGUGGCCUGUGUCUGGUGCUUGAUUUUCUUGUCACAGCCCCAAGGUACCUUUGCUGCCUUUCUCACAGAGCUGGGGGUGGGGGUGUUCCUGCAGGUCCUGGGCCUGCCCUUUGUCGCUGUCUCCCAGGUGUCGCUCUUCUCUAAGGUCACGUCGGAGAGAACACAAGGAUUCAGCCAGGGUCUCCGUCGCUCUGUAGGGGGCGUCGCAACCAUCCUUGGCCCCCUGUGGGCCGGAGGCUUGACUGCAAACCUUUCCAUCAUGUUGGGGGUAAUGAUGGGGCUGCUGUGCUUACUGAUGAUUAUGGUGGGGCUCUCGUAUGCAUACCUCGUAGAGCCACCCAGAGGGUACCUGUCUCCAGAGAUGUCCCAAGAGGAAGGCAGUUCAUGACAGACCUCUGGCUUGGAGGUGCAUUCGAAGAAAUGGAAACGUUCACACUCCCUAGGUGGCAUUCUGAUUGGCACGGUGGCUCCCCAGGCUGGCUGGCUUCUGGUUCCCACGUUGUUGCUCUCCUACUGGGAUGAGAAGCAGCAAAGAGCUCAUAUCCAUCCAAAGAGCAAUGCCCAACCCAGCGUCUGGCUAGGGCUUCCACGCCUCCUCGCCUGCUGGCCAGACUUGCCUUGUCAUUGCCACCACCUGGGACUAGCACUUGCUCUAAGGGCAAGGAGCGCCAUUUCCUUUCACACACUCCAUGGCGCCUCUCAUUUUCUUGCCCCCGUGGGGCCCAGCAAGCGAUGGACUGCCCCUAGAAAAGGACUGCAUUGGGGCUUGUGCAAAAACACCUCACAUCUGCAAAGGGAUCUCCAGGGGUUGGUGAGCCACACGAACCUCACCCAUGUCUUCUCCAACCCGACACCCUCCCCAUGGGUUAGACUAUAACUCCCAUCAACCCCAGUCAUGCUGGCUGGGGUUAAUGGGAGCUGUAGUCCAAGCCAUCUGGAGGGCGCCGUCUCAGGGAAGGCCGCUCCGCUCUUUCCGAGGUUUUCUUCUCCCGUUGUCACUGUCUGUGUGCCAGGGUCUCUGCCCAUUUCCAAGAGCUGUUGCCAUGCAACGCAAGCGGCCAUGUUUCCUUGGGACACCAUGUGUUUUUGUGUGUGCACAGCAUCAUACAGAAACAGGGCUUGGUGUGGGGAGCAGGUGUCUGAGACCAGGGAUGGCUCCAGUGAGAGACGCCACAGCUUAAGGGCCCAUUCAGAAGACACCUUAAAUCAUGGCUUUCCAAACUGUGUGUCGCGACACGUUAGUGUGUCAGCUGCAGUGUGUAGGUGUGUCAUGCGAACGUAACGAGAAACCUCUGAGUCUAUGUGAAAUAAACAAUACCAACUUGCAUGCAUUUUUACGCAGCAAAGCUGCUGAUUAGUAUGGUGCACUAGUAUAUUCCCCUUCCGUCGUAUCCGUGUAUGCACACCACGGUCGAGGGUAUGCAUAAUUGGGUCAAAACAGCUGAUUCCGCGUCACUUCCGGUGACACGGCUACACCUGAAGUGACGCAUUUGAGAAAUUGCACGGGUCCAGUUUUUUUAUAGAACACCGUCUCAACCGCCGCUCGAUCGCAGCUCGACAAAAUUGGUUCAAUGUGAAAAGUCUUGGAAAUUUAUUUAUUUAUUCAUUAAUUAAUUACAUUUCUAUACCACUGAAUAGCUGGAGCUCUCUGGGCGGUUCACAAAAAAUAAAAACAUUCAAAGUAUAAAACAACAUGUAUAAAACCAUAAUAUAAAAUACAAUAUAAAAGCUCAACCAGAUAAAAACAGCAGCAAUGCAAAAUUACAAAUUUAAAACACCAAGUUAAAAUUUAUUUUUUCAUGCUCUCUCUAUCAAUAU